AUGGACAUCAAGCUUACAAUUGUAUUCCUCGUCGUCCUGGCUCUCAUGGUCAGCGAUCCCGUCAGCGCUGACUUUAAUUACAACCACUAUAGACCGAAACUAAACGAAGUUGGAAAGGAUAAUUCUGUAUUCAAAUGUGUUCCUGGUCGUACUACCUUAAAAAUGAAAGAGAGGAAGUUAACCCUAGCUGGAGAAGAUUCAAACGAAUCUGACGAUUAUACGAGAACAGUGCCGAGAGGUCGGCCACAAAGUGUGACGCGGCCCAAGGACGAGACUUGCUUGAUAUGCGUGUGCUCCGUUGACGGCCAACAUGAGUAUUGCAAGAGCAGAUCCUCGGACACUCUGAAUGAGUGUAUCAUGAUUAAAGAUAUCAAUGAAGAAUUUCGCUCCUUGAUUCCGUUCGUACACUCCAGGAACUUGUUGUACAGAAUCAGACGAGAUUAUUUGUGGCACAACGACGAGAUCCCAUACUCACCCAAAGACAAGUGCUUCCGCGGCCACUCGUACUACAGCAACAGUCCGACGGCUAACGACACUGACAUUGACCUCGCCUCCGAUGUCGAGUCGUUGCUCGAUUAUAACAGCGCAAACACUUGCUACUACUGCGUGUGUGCCGUCGACGGCCAGUCCGUCGGUUGCAUACACAGAGACGAGUCUUUCUGCAACUUCUUUAGAGUCAUCAGAUCUGAAAAGCGUAUCAGGGAUAGGUACACCUCUCUCCUCGAGCAGGACCGGCCCACUUACUUCAGACAGCUGUCCUGGAGACUGAGGAGGACCAUGGAUAAUGGCAUUUAUGACUUAAUUAAUGCUGGAGGCGACACCUUGUGCUGCAGCCAUCCAGAUGGCCACCGGAGGCAGAUCCAUAAUGAGGUGCGGAACAAACUAAGGACUUUGAAGAGGAGGAUCCCGAAGGAGAACCUGCUGGGAGGGUCAAUGAGGGAGGACUACGUGGACUUCGUCGUCAAUAACGACUAA